AUGGCGUUCUCGUCCUGUCUCAAAUUCUAUCCAUUUUCCAUAUCCCAAGCCGUAACCUUAACACACCCAUCCUUCUCUCUCAAGCUCACUCCUCCUUCCUCCUCAAUCACCUUCGCUUCACCUAACUCCGCCGCUAUCUCCUCGCCGGACGUCAAGCUUCUCGAUUCCCUCCGUAGCCAGCCCGAAGAUUCCGCCGCCCUCCGACUCUUCAAUUUGGCCUCCAAGCAACCGAAUUUCUCCCCUGAUUCCGCUCUCUACGAGGAGAUCAUCCUCCGUCUAGGCCGGUCCGGUUCGUUCGAUGACAUGAGGAAGAUUCUAGAGGACAUGAAGAACUCAGGCUGCGAAAUGGGUACUUCUCCUUUCUUGAUUUUAAUCGACAGUUAUGCUCGUUUCGACUCGCACGAUGAGAUUAUUGCUGCUGUUCAUUGGAUGAUUGACGGAUUCGGGUUAAAACCCGAUACUCAUUUCUAUAACCGGAUGCUGAAUCUUCUCGUUGAUGGGAAUAAUCUGAAAUUAGUGGAGAUGGCUCACGCGGAGAUGAGUGUUUGGGGGAUUAAACCAGAUGUUUCGACUUUUAAUGUUUUGAUAAAAGCUUUGUGUAGAGCUCAUCAGCUUAGACCUGCGAUUUUGAUGAUGGAAGAUAUGACGAAUUACGGUCUGGUUCCCGAUGAGAAGACGUUUACUACGAUUAUGCAAGGUUAUAUCGAAGAAGGUGACUUAGAUGGAGCUUUGAGAAUUAGGGAACAGAUGGUUGAGUUUGGGUGUUCUUGGUCUAAUGUGAGUGUUAAUGUUAUUGUUCAUGGUUUCUGUAAGGAAGGGAGAGUCGAAGAUGCGCUUAAUUUUAUCCAGGAGAUGUCGAAUCAAGGCGGGUUUUUCCCUGAUCAGUAUACGUUUAACACGUUAGUUAACGGUUUGUGUAAAGCAGGGCAUGUGAAGCAUGCUAUUGAGAUUAUGGAUGUAAUGCUUCAAGAAGGGUAUGAUCCUGAUGUGUAUACUUACAACUCGGUGAUCUCGGGUUUGUGUAAACUUGGAGAGGUGAAAGAAGCAGUGGAGGUUCUUGAUCAAAUGAUCACUAGAGAUUGUUCUCCAAAUACGGUUACUUACAACACUUUGAUCAGCACAUUAUGCAAGGAGAAUCAGAUCGAGGAAGCCACGGAGCUUGCCCGUGUUCUCACCAGCAAAGGGAUUCUUCCGGAUGUUUGUACAUUUAACUCUCUCAUCCAAGGGUUGUGUUUGACUAGGAAUCACCGGGUCGCGAUGGAGCUGUUCGAAGAGAUGAGGAUCAAAGGAUGUGAGCCCGACGAGUUCACAUACAACAUGCUGAUUGAUAGCUUAUGUUCUAAAGGGAAGCUAAAUGAAGCUCUAAACAUGCUUAAAAAGAUGGAAUCGAGUGGUUGUGCAAGGAGUGUGAUAACGUACAACACUUUGAUUGACGGGUUUUGCAAAGCCAACAAGAUUAGAGAAGCCGAGGAGAUAUUCGAUGAGAUGGAAGUACAUGGGGUUUCUAGGAACUCCGUGACAUACAACACACUCAUCGAUGGGCUUUGUAAAAGCAGGCGAGUAGAAGACGCGGCUCAGCUCAUGGAUCAAAUGAUAAUGGAAGGACAGAAACCGGAUAAGUUCACAUACAAUUCACUUCUAACGCAUUUCUGUAGAGGAGGUGACAUAAAGAAAGCUGCGGAUAUAGUGCAAGCUAUGACUUCUAACGGGUGCGAACCAGACAUUGUGACCUAUGGAACCUUGAUAAGUGGUUUGUGUAAAGCUGGUAGAGUUGAAGUUGCAAGUAAGCUUUUGAGGUCUAUUCAGAUGAAAGGGAUUGUUUUGACACCGCACGCAUAUAACCCGGUGAUUCAAGGGUUUUUUAGAAAGAGGAAAACAACAGAAGCGAUAAAUUUGUUUAGAGAAAUGCUUGAAAAGAGUGAAUCAGGACCAGAUGCAGUCUCUUACAGAAUUGUUUUCCGUGGGCUAUGUAAUGGAGGCGGACCAAUCCGUGAAGCAGUGGACUUUCUUGUUGAGCUGUUGGAGAAAGGCUUUGUGCCCGAGUUUUCUUCGUUGUACAUGUUGGCUGAAGGUCUUCUCUCUUUGUCAAUGGAGGAGACACUGGUCAAGUUAGUGAACAUGGUUAUGCAGAAAGCGAAAUUCUCGGAGGAAGAAGUUUCAAUGGUGAAAGGUUUGCUUAAAAUCAGGAAAUUUCAGGACGCUUUGGCCACUCUUGGUGGUGUCCUGGACAGUCGCCAGCCGAAGAGAACUUACCGGUCAAGAUGA